AUGGUUAUGAGGAGCUCGGCCGAGGGGCCCGGGUUGAUUUCCCCAGGGAAAGAAGAAGCAGCUGACAAGAAAUUAUCUGGUAAACACUUAAAAAGUCAAACAAAGCAUGUGAUACUGAACAUUUACAAUUAUUUCCGGAGCCAAGACAAAGAGGCAAGUGAAACAGAUAUAAGCAAGAAAACUGCCAUUGCUUCUGGAAUAUCUCUCCAGACCCUUAACAGAAUAAAACAAGAAGACAAAGAAGGAGUUGUAAAAUCUCCACCUUUAAAGACAGGGGUUUCAUCAUGGCUGCCUGUUGUUGAUGACUAUGCCAGAGCUCAUAUUCGUCAAGAGAUACUUUCAUUCUAUGAGAGGAGUAAAUUCCCAUCAUUGAAAGCACUGUCUAUAAGAGUGAAAGAGCCACCUCUGAAUCUGACUUGUUCUUGGACAACACUUAAUAAGCUUGUGAAGCAAAUUAGGUUCCGUAAUAGGAAGUUAGAAAAUGGCAGAGUUGUUUUGAUGGAGAAAGAUGAAGUUAUUGCUGCAAGAAACAGGUACUUAAGACUUAUUGCUGAAAUCAGGAAAUCUAGCAACCCAAAGCCAGAAAUAUAUAUUGGUGAAGUUUGUGUUUAUCCAAAUAGGUAUAUGGCAAAGUGUUGUACAGUAGAUGAUACAACUUUAGACCCUACACAGAAGUUGAAGAGACGUGUUAGAUUCACCAUUGUGUAUGCUGGUGGAAAAGAUGGAUUUGUUCCUGGGUCUUUUUUUAUUUUUAAAUCUGGGACUGCCCUUAAGGAGACCCAUGAAAGCAUGACACAGGAAUGUUUCCAGUCAUGGUUUCAGACACAGUUACUUCCCAAUAUUCCAGCCAAUUCAGUCAUAGUCAUGGAUAAUUCACCAUAUCACUCACAAUUUUCUAUUAAAAUGCCAGCACUUAAUUCCAACAAAAGUGAAAUACUGCAGUGGCUAAGAGAACACAACAUUGCUCACGAAACAUCCCAUACAAAAUAUGAACUAAUAGAUCUUGUUAGAAAGCAUAAAAGCAAGCUGGUACAUGUGAUUGACCAAAUGGCUCGUGAUGCUGGCCAUGAAGUGCUCAGAAUCCCUAUGUUUCAUUGCCACUUGAACCCUAUUGAACUGAUUUGGGCGCUGUUAAGAAGUAAAUUGGAAGAGAAUUCAAACACCAAGAGAAAUUGCAGGGCAGAGGAAAUAAAAUAUGCACUGGAAAGAAUAACUAAAGAAGAUUGGAAGAGAUGUCUGUAUCAUGCAAAACAAGUGGAAGAUGAAUACAGAAGGAAAGAUAGAGUAUUUGAUUAUGUAAUGGAAAGAGUUAAUACAAGUAUGGGUGGAGAAAGUAGUGAUUCAGAUAGUUCUGGAGAAUAA